AUGAUUUUCCUCCGCUCUCAACUAUUAGCACAGAAUCAUGUGCUAACAUGUAACGACGUGAAUAUCAUCGUCGUAGUGAUGAAGAUAAAACUUUACGUCGAACCACGUGAACGUGUGUUGGCUAGUAUUGUAUCUAGGCAGCCGUUUGUAUAUAAACAAUACCUCCAAGACAAUGAGAUUUGCAUAAACAAUCCGAGAGUUCGCGGUGAACAUCAAAACCCGCAAAUAUUAGUCGGUCUAGAUCACUAUUACGACCUCGUAAACACAGUUGACACUAUAACUUUGCCAUCUGGAUUACGCAUUGCGCGUACGGUAUUCGGACCAACGAUACACGGCAAAGGGUCAAUCAAUUCGCAGCAAGAAGUGACAACGAUAACACAUGGCCUCAGCCUCGUUCAAGAACAGAAUGAAUCAGAAAUUCUACAGAAGUUGUUCGAACUAGAUGGUUUAGGAAUAUCAUCAGAAGAAUGUACUAAGAACGAAAACACAUUCGAGUACUUCAAAAGCUAUUCGAAAACAAUGUCGUUUGAAAACGGCGUUGUAACCGUACCCUUUCCCUUGAAAGAUAAUGUCAUCGACCUAACGGAUAAUUACGGAAUAGCGUACCGUCGAUUGAUUUCGUUACAAAGACAACUAUCAAAUAAUAUCCACCAACGUGAGUGGUAUAACAAAAUAAUGAACGAUUAUAUCCAAAACGGAGUUGUCGAAUUAGUCCACGGACAAAAUAAAAAUUCGGCCGGCACUUACUACAUGCCACAUUCCGGAGUUUGGAAGCCAGAAAAGGCAAAACCAUUGAGGAUAGUAUUUGAUGCUUCCUCUAAGAGAGUCGGACAGCUUUCGCUGAAUGAUGUGAUCUACACAGGAGAAUCCUUCGUGAAAAAAAUUCAUGAUGUUCUAGUUGCAAGUAGAACCAGUGGAAUUAUUCUUUUAUGCGAUAUUGAAGCGGCUUUCACGCAAAUCAGACUAGUGGAAGAUCAUAAAGAUUUCUGUCGGUUUUUAUGGCUGAAAGACAUGAAUAAGCCUCCAAACCGAGACAACAUAGCAGAAUACAGAUUCAAUCGUUUGCCCUUCGGUAACACCUCGGCACCAAGUAUUCUUAACAUGGUCAUUCUGGCAUAUUUAAAUCAUAAGAAUACUCCGCUCUCACUGAAGAUUGCAAAAAAUGUUUAUGUGGACAAUAUUCUCUUAUGCGCCAACACCAAAGAGGAAGCACUAGAAAAAUAUACUGCUUCAAAGAAUAUUUUCCGUGAAAUCGGUAUGAAUUUACGAGAAUAUAUUUCAAACUCUGCUGAAGUUAACAGAGCUAUCCCAAAAGAGGAUAGAGCGCCCACAGACAACAUAAAACUUCUUGGCGUCAAAUAUGACACCAAAUCCGACGAAUUUGUGAGGAAAGUUACAAUUCCACAAAGAGAAAAACUAACCAAACGCGAUAUUGUAAGCCAGAUAAACUCAAUCUAUGAUCCCGUAGGCCUCGCAAGCCCACUGAUUAUCAAACUGAAGUCUCUAAUGAGAGAAAUUUAUGAUACAGGGAUAGAAUGGAAACAAUACGUUCCGCAAGCACUGUGUAUUAAAUGGAAUUCUGUAAUACAAGGGAUAAACAAUGCAUGUAUAAGGGUCAGUCGACCUUUGCUACGUUCUCUCACAUCUCACACCUCAAGAAUUUCCUUAUGGGUGUUUUGUGACGCCAGCAAAAUGGCAAUAUCGACAUGCGCAUAUCUAAGGUGCGAAAACACUAAUGAGAUCAGUUCAUUGAUUAGUGGAAAGAGCAAGCUAACACCAAAAAAGAUCCAGCAGACUAUCCCACGCCUGGGAUUGUUGGCUAUCUUAAUAGGACUGCGAAUGGCGAAAACCAUUCUUGAUUCAAUAAACAUUGAAAUUAUUCGCGUAAAUGUCGCCAGUGAUAGCGAAAUAGCACUUCAGUGGAUUAGACUCAAAUCGAAGUCAAAUCCAUCCCAGUACAUCUAUUUCAUGUUCCAACACGUCAUAAUCCAGCAGACGUUGGAACUCGAGGCACAACAGCAAGCCUCAUCAGUGAGCAUGAUUGGUACCAAGCAAACCAUUCUCCAAGCGAAUUUGAUUAUGCUGACUGUUAGUGACCGCGUUAUUUUGGCUAUCAUUAAGACCAUUGUGGGUCCGAAUAAGUACGUCAAACCAGUGGCUAAAGCCAAUGUGGCGCAAGCGCUGAUCAGACGUGCGAUAGUCGGAGCCGGUGCUCCCACCCCCACCACUUUUGGACAGUUGGCGAAGGGACCCCCUUCACUGGCGUACCUCACUCCUUCCACAAAUCUUCCUGUUGUUCUCGGGCCUUCCACGGAACUGCACAUACUACCUCCGACAGAGAAAUCAGUUGGUAUAUUUGAUUUACAGCACGAUACCAUGAAAAAUGCUGUAAAAGUAGAUGAAACGUUUCCUAAUAUUGAGAGUGGUACUUCAAUCAAUCGCUCGUUUUCUUCGUUGUUAUUCUCUGGAGAGACGUUUCGUGUGUUGCCAUUUUUGUUGGUUGGCAGUAAGAAACUAGAGUCAAUUUUGAUUCAUCCGAAUGUUAUUUACAUUCUGGGAAGCGGCUUGCAAAGUUAUGCUGUAUACGACGUGGUAUCAGUAAAUAAUCACCUGAACCUGCCAGCUCUCGAGUUUGCUGUAGUUGUUUGUGUGCCGCCGAACACCAUUAGCUGUGACAUUCCUAGGUCACUUGAAAUCAUUCUAAAAUCCAAACCUAGACACUGCAUUGUCACUAGUAAACAGUUUCUCUCGUAUUCAACAAUAUCACUCACAUCUUUGAGGACGCAGAAUAUAUUUCGCUCGAGGCAUGUCGACAUAUUUCCCUCAAAAGAUGAUCUGGAAUGGUUUCUUCUCGAAGAGAAUCGACACAAAUUUUAUGCUCUCUUGCGGGAUAUGGCUUACAUGUAUCCGUUGCUACUCCCUGAGGUGGGACGUCCCGUUUGUACCAGCAUUGAAGGACGUCAGUUGAUGGUCCUUCUUGCUCCUGCCCUCAAGAAACGUCGCAGUAGUGGAGGGUGUUGCUUUGUUGCUGAAGCAGAUUGUGACUUCAAAUUGAAGUUUGAUCCUGAGAUGGUAGUAGAAGCAAAUCUGGAUUUAUCCGAAUCCGAAGAAAACUAUGGAUUCACUUCACGCAUAUGCUCCUGGGAUAUUGAGUGCCAUUCUACCAUUUUAAAUGAUCUGAUUAAGUGGGUGCACUACUGCUGGUCGCACGAAAGAUUUGGUCACGCUCUUUUACUUGGACAAGAAGGCAGCGGUAAAACUUCAAUAGCAGCAGCUCUUGCCCAAGAUCUUGCGCAUUCUUCCUGCACCUGUUUUUGCACUCGUAUAGAAUGCAGGUGGUGGGACGGGGAACAGUUAGAGACUAUCGAGAAGAAUUUAGUCUCCGAGAUACAGAAGCUUUCUUUCUGGAAGCCUAGUCUUCUAAUUCUUGAUGACAUUGACUUUUUCGAAUCACACAGUGAGGAGGAACGUAGGCAGGUUGACACAGAGAAGAUUUUCCAGAUGCUGCUAUGCUUACUGUCUUCUUGUACGAUUCCUGUGUUGGUAACAGCGAAGCGAAUGAAGUUCAUGCAUAAGUCGCUUAUUAUGACAUCUGGUCGUCGUCUUUUUGGGAUCGUAAUGCAUGUUCCAUCACUUUCUCAGCAGUUAAAACAUCUUCGCAGUAUCUCGUUUGAACGUGAAUGUGCAAUAGAGUCCUUUGACGUUACGUCACUCCAUACGAACGUCUCCAACGAUGUAGCGAUGCAGACCGUUCACGAACUGGUCACGCAGCGCAAAGGUAACAUGUACAGGACAUCGGCAAGAGUGGCAUCGAGUAGCCAGGAGAAGACAUGGUCUGUAAAUCUGGCUCAUAAAGUGGCUAUAUCCAGUGGGUACCCAGAGCUGGAGACUGUUACUCGACGAUAUCCUUCUCGAAGAUCCAACGUAGUGGAUGGUCCAGAAAAGACCAUGUUCUCUCUACCUUACAUAUCUGAUGAUGAUAUGAACAGAGCGAUACGAAGCUGUCCACGAAAAGCGGGUCUAGAGAAUGACGUGAGGGUUGUCGAAAUACCUCCAGCGAACCUCAAGGGUCAACUGAAGAAAGAAGACCCAGCAGAAGCUGAUCAAGGAUUAAGAGAAGAGGCAGAAGCAGCAGAAACGAGUCCAUCGGAACCCCUUAAGAUGCCACGAGGAACCGACGGUAAGACUUCGGAGUCACAGCUCGAGAACUUUCUUGCAGCAAUGGUUGGGCAAAUGCGGAUUGAACAUGAAGAAAUGAAAACUCUGCUCACCGCCUUGGCACCCACGCAGAGAACCACCGUCCAAGACGUCAGCAAGAAUCAAUACUACCAGCUGAGUAAGGAAGUGCAAAUGCUCGUGUCCGACGAAGAGAAGCGCGAUUUGAUCCUCAUAAGGCUGAACGAGGAUGCAUAUCACAAAUAUGCGGAUGACAUGCUACCGAAACAACCGCACGAGAUCGAUUUAGAGACGACGGUCGCGAAUCUGGAAAUGCUUUUCGCGUCAAAGAAGACGCUGAUUCGACGACGGUACGAGUGUCUCAGGAUAAACUGCCCGCCGAUGACGGCCAGUUAUGUGUCAUUCCGCGACUACACUAACAUGGUCAAGCGGGUGGACGAAGACGCUCGACUGAAGGAGCUCGACUACACAGCAGUGAAGACACUACAGUUCGUAGCAGGAAUUCAGGAUCCGUCGCUUCGUGAAGUUCGUCUCAGAAUGAUCCGUCGACUGGAUACGCACACAGAGGAUGCGCCGUUGACGAUAGAAAACCUCGUUGCUAAAUGUGAGAACUUCACCGCAUUAAAGAUGGACAACACAGACAUGGAAGGAAGUCAUGAUGUACAUGUCGUGCAGAAAAAGAAAGUGAAGUGCUUCAAUUGUGGAUGA